GUGUGCUCACACUGAGAAGAGGAGGUGGUGGAGAGAGGAGUGAGUGUAUGUAGGCAUGCAAGUGAGAAUCAGGGAAAGGAGUGACAGGCAAGAGGGAAAGAGAAGCAAGGUGCUUUUACUCAUCUUAUCACUGAUACACUCCACACAAACACACACACUGAAGGAACUACAUCCACAGCCUCUACUAUAGCAGUGAGUUGAUACACGUGGGUGUGUGUGCGUGUGGUGUGUGUGUGUGUUUUCUGCGCUCGGAGCAACUAGAAGGGAUCUCUGAGGAUACACGGAUGAGAAAGAGGUCUGGGGGAGCCAAGGAAGAGGAGCCCGAGUGUGUUUCGCCCCAGGGGGAGCUCACACACACCGCAGACAGCACACACACUCCAGCGGGCACUCAGCACUGUUUCCCUGACAACUAGAAUGGGCUGCAAUUUGUGCACCUUGCAGAAACGGGAGGAACACUACAAACUGCUGUAUGAGAUUGCACAGGUGAAUGCGCGUGACUUCUCCAAGGUUGACCAUGAGGAGGCAGUGGUGGAGGCCAUCAGGCGAGACCCCAUCGUUGUCCAGGUUCUCCGUCGAACCCCCACCAGAGCCACGGCCACAGUUGCACAUAACCACAGCAGCACGCCACAGGAUGUGUGUGUGGUGGAUGUUUGCACGCAAACGGACAUCACCUUCGAGCACAUUAUGGCACUGGCGAAACUUCGGCCUGCUACUCCACCCGUCCCUGACAUCUGUCCCUUCCUUUUGUCUGACAGUUGCCAUUCCAUCCACACCAUGGAACAUGAGUUUUAUGAAUGUCCAGAGUACCUGUCCAAUACCCCAGCUGAGGUUGAGAGGACUGAGGAGUAUGAGUAUGAGGAGGUGGAACUGUGUAGGCAGAACAGCCAAGAGAAGCUUGGCUUGACGCUGUGCUACAGGACUGACGAUGAGGAGGACAGCGGCAUCUAUGUGAGCCAGGUGGAGCCAAACAGUAUAGCAGCGAGAGAUGGACGCAUCAAAGAAGGAGAUCGUAUUCUACAGAUUAAUGGCUGUGAAGUGCAAGACAGAGAGAAAGCUGUUGCCUUGCUGUCAAGUGAAGACGCAAGGAGCAUCAUACUGUUGGUGACAAGACCAGAAAUGCAGCUGGAGGAGGAGGUAUGGCUGGAUGAUGAGCAACAGGAGCUCGUGGAGGAGCUGAAGAUGGAGAUCCUGGAGGAGAGGAGGAAGCAGAAGGAGCGUAACUUUGACAGGGGGGAUGAGCAUCAAGCUGAAGAAGACAUGACAACAGACACAGCUACCUGUUCCUCCAAUCAAGACAAAGACAGUGGGUUUGGACGCAGUACAGACAGUCCAGAGCACCAACCCCUGCUAGCUAGACUUCACAGGAGGAACCCAGCCCGUUGCCUGAGGGACCGAUGGCGUGCAGAGCAUCCACACACAAGACAAGCAACUGUAGUGCCACAGGACACCCAGGGUCCGAGGACAUUGUCCAAAGGCCAAAGUCAUGAAGGGGUAGUCAGUAUUCGCAAUGGUGGAGGUGGCGUCCUAGGUUUAGAGAAUCGCUUCCAGCAACUCUUGGAGCUCAAGUGUCAAAUUCGGAAUGGAGGCGAGUGUGGGGUGUACUCCAUUCGACACAGUAUAGAGUGUAGUCUCACUGAGCAAGGAGGAGGGGAUGGAGAUGGCGUAGAUAGUGUUGGAGGAGAGAAUGGAAUGGAGCAGGAGUUGAGGAUGUUAAAUGAGGAACUGCGCAGCAUUGAGCUUGAGUGCCAGAGCAUUAUGCAGGCGCAUCAGCUUCGCCAGGCCCACCACCUGGACCCCUCACAACCCACAUCCUGCUCACCAGGCCGGAGCCCCAAAGAUGGACACAAACGACACGGUAGGUUGGCCGACAUCCACGAAUAUCCAGAGAGGUCGGACAGUGAUAAGAUCCGAGAGAAGGACAGCUCCAGUGCCUACAAUACGGCGGAGAGUGCGCGGUCGACACCGCUAGGUAUGGAGAGAUCUCCUGAUCAUUCUCUACAGAGACACAUCAGCAUCACCAACCAGAAAAACCUCAGACUGGCUUCCUCCACACCGUCCAGCCCCAUUCCUAUCCCCAAGACCCAGGGUACACCCAGUUGCAGCAGACCAGCAGACCCAGGCUCUGUUAUCUCCAGCAGCCCAGACCAGAGCAACCCUUCCCGGUCUGAGUCGGACCCUGCCCUGCCUGCAGAUGAUGAGAGGUGUGAAAAGAAAGGGAGGACCAGAGAUUCCAGAAGGGGGCUUUCCUAUGGUUCUUCAUAUCAGACAACCCCCUAUCAAGGCCAGGGAGGAUCAAGGCAGCUUCAGAGCUAUGUGCAGCUACUGCAACAGCACUCAUCCCUGGAAUAUUCCCAGAGCCAGCUGAGUCUACUCAGUCUCUGUCGAGAUCCUGUGCACCGAAGCGGACGCCCUGGGGAACCCCGUCUAGAGUGGAAGGUCAAAGUUCGUGCUGACGGCACACGCUAUGUGGCCCGGCGGCCUGCUCGUGAUCGUAUCCUGAGGGAGCGGGCACUAAGGAUCAGAGAAGAGAGGAGCGGAGGCAUGACCACAGAUGAUGAUGCUAUGAGUGAGAUGAAGAUGGGUCGCUACUGGAGCAAAGAGGAGAGGAAGCAGCACUUGGCGCGGGCUAGGGAGCAAAGGAAGAGGAGGGAGUUCAUGCAAAAGAGCCGCCUUGAGUGUCUAAAGGAGGGGCCCACCAGUGGAGCUGAGGGCAGGAAGGAGAUCAAUAUUUUGGAGCUCAGUCACAAAAAGAUGAUGAAGAAACGAAACAAAAAGAUCCUGGAUAACUGGAUGACCAUCCAGGAGCUGAUGAGCCAUGGGGCUAGAGUCCCAGAAGGCUCCAAAGUACAUAAUGCCUUCCUGUCUGUCACAACUGUGUAGUUGACACAUACAUUACUGCGUAUUUUUAAGUACUGAACACUUUAAUAUCAGGUAGCCUGCAUUUCAGGAACUACUGCUUUAUGUAAAACAAAAAACAAAAAAAUCAGUUUGUGAAAUGAAAUUAAAAAUGUCACUGCUGAGGACUUCUGUAGCAACCCGAAGGCAACUUUGUAACUUUAAGAAUGUCUGAAUAGUUCUUAACUCUAUCAUUACAAGACCACACUGUUUUUACUCUGGCUUUUUGGUAAUGCACUGGCUUCUGAUAGCAAAUGAUUUUGGUAGCAUUGGUUCAAACAGACUCUCACAAAAAACUGAAGAACCAACACAUUAACUUCAUGUAUUCUACAUAUUGUGUCUGCAUAUUCUCCACUCUUCUGUUUCAUUGGAUAUGAAGCGACUUCACUUGCCUCGUUCAAGGUGGCAUUUUUUUAUAAUGGGGGAAAAUACAAUAUUUUCACACUUUGUAAGCUCAGUAACUUUUUGUAAGGAUUUUUUCUACACUGAAUGUCAAUGUACUGUAAACAUUUUAUUGUAAUUUAUUAUUUAUGUUUGUAUCACCAAACCAUCAAGGUCAGAACUGAUACCAUUUGAUUGUAUUGUAGCCUGCAUUGUAUGCAAGACAAACAAAGAAAGAUGAGAAACUCUUAAGGGACAACUCCACAUUUCAAAACACGCCUUUCAUAGUGUUGAUACUGUCACUUGAGUCAGUUGUCCUAAAAAUGUUAAAGCGCUCAAUUUAAAGCACUGGAAAUAUCAUUAUGCUAUCUCUAAAAGCUCAUAUUCUUCAUGAGUUGGGAGGGAUUGAAAGUUUUAUCUCAGCUACAAUCAUAACUCUGAUCUAUCAAGUGGUUAAAUACCUGGUUAAUUCAAACACUGACUUAAGAAACCCUUGAGUCAACCCAGAACCAUUACUAUAACCUAUAAAUGUGUGAAUUAUGUUUAAAAUGUUAAAUAGAUUCAUAUUUAUAUUGUUUACUGUUAUUUUUAUUUAUUGUAAAUUAAUUUUUAUGGUCCAUCUGAUAAAUGUCUCACAUUAAGUGGCGACCCUUGAAAGGCCAAAACGUUUCAAGGCUCCGUCAAGACAAUGUAUCAUAUUGCAGCCAUUUAACUCAAACCUGCUGCUUUUCACUGUAAAGUUCAUUGAAGAGGCCUUGAGUUCAGUAUUUGUUGAUGGUGAUAUUUGUAAUAAAACAAUAAUAAAGAAAUUUAAGAAAUA